AUGGAAGACGCCGACAAACCCCCACAGAACUUCGACCCCGAUUUCGCCUCCCCCGUCGAGGGAGCAGAGCUUCCGGCCAUCAUCAUAUCGUCCGACAAAGUGGGAUUCCACGCCGACCUCAAGGUCCUCGCCUCCCGUUCAAGCUUUUGCCAGGACCUCAGCGAGAUUCCCAUGCCCGAAGUCGAGGAGGGACAGAAGCCUCGCGUGCUCCCUUUUCCCUCGGCGUCUUCGCCUGCCAUCAAGUUUGUUCUGCAAGCCGUCGCGUACAAUCUGGCGCAUCCGCCUCAAACCAGCUCGCCCGCGGGAGAGCCGGCGUCCGAGCAGUUAUCCAAAACCGCCCUCUAUGAGGCCCUUCCAGACAUGCCCCAAGGCAUAAAGCUUCUCCAAGAAAUCCUACACUUCACAGACGCCUACGAGCUGAACGACUUUACGAUCCCUGUCAUCUACGAGGCUAUGAAGAAGGCUCACCACUACUCUCCUGCCAUAAUGUUCACCAUGACUGCCAUUACCGACCAGGGAAACCUUAGUCAUUGGGCGACCCGGAUCCUCUCGGAGGGAGGCAAGGGCGCCAUAGACCCGUGGUCCAACGCAAUGCUCGAGACCAAUGCGUCGGAACGGCUUCCAGAGUUGUACGCCCUCUUUGAUCGCUGGGACACCGCCUUUGCCAACUUCAAGAAAGCGAGCAGCGGAGCGCCCAUCGAUGGCAAGAACGCCUUCUCGAAGGAGUGCAUCACUCGCCAGUGCGCCUGCGUUGCCGAGUUUGACGGCAACUGGGCCGCGUUUACCUCCAGCUUCCGCGACAAGAUGUACAAGUAUGCGCUCGCCUCCCCCAUGUUGAUGAAGCGCGCCAAGGUCAUGGAGUUCUGCAUGAAAUCAGUCGCUUGCGAAUCUUGUGCCAAGCGCUUGGCCCCCUCCAUCAGCUCGGCCUGGAACAGGUCAGUGACCAGGCAAGCCUGGAGCCUUAACCCUGGCAAGGCCAACAGCCAGUCUUCCCACGUUCGUCGCCGCUACCGUAUUGUAUAUGCUGUUUAG